CUUUCUUCUUCACAUGGGAAUGAAAGAUGUAUGUGACGAGACUUGGCCAGCAGGAAGACGGGGGCGGGGUGGGCAGUGACUCACUCGCAACAGGCUGAUUUCGGUGACACUCGUACAAACCACAAAUUUGUCUUUUGACUCAUAAAGUGGCGUUGUCGUGCUUUCAGCUGGAUCAGCUGGUGAUCAACUCGGCCAGGGAGAAGAGAGAGCUGGAGCACAAACACGCAACCAUCCAGCAGCGGACGCUCAUGCAGGAUUUGGCUUACGACGACUCGAGGGCGGAGUUCAAUGUGGACUCUCCCAACGGCGUAGUGAUGGAAGGAUACUUGUUCAAGAGGGCCGGCAACGCCUUCAAGACGUGGAACAGGCGCUGGUUCUCCAUCCAGAGCAGCCGGCUGGUUUAUCAGAAGAAGCUCAAGGACUCUCUGACGGUGGUGGUCGAUGACCUCCGUCUGUGUUCCGUCAAACACUGCGAGGACAUCGAGAGGCGCUUCUGCUUCGAGGUGGUCUCCCCGACCAAGUAGGGCUUUUCAUUCACUAGGCGAUCUCGGAUUUCUCUGUGCGCGUUUCACCGGUUUGGCGGUUAGAAUUUACUGCUCAAAAUGCUGCUGCCCACUUUGAACUAGGAGACCAAGUCAUCCAUGUCGCGUCCCACCUUCCUCUUGCUCGUG